AUGUCUGGUCGUGGUAAAGGAGGUAAAGCAAAAUCGUCUGCAAAGGCCAAAACUCGCUCGAGUAGGGCUGGCUUGCAAUUUCCGGUUGGUAGGAUUCAUCGACUUCUUCGGAAGGGUAAUUAUGCGGAGCGAGUUGGAGCUGGUGCUCCAGUCUAUCUGGCCGCAGUAUUGGAAUAUUUGGCAGCAGAAGUGCUAGAGUUGGCGGGGAAUGCAGCGCGUGAUAACAAGAAGAGUCGAAUCAAUCCACGACAUUUGCAAUUAGCUGUUCGCAACGAUGAAGAAUUGAACAAACUUCUCGCUGGAGUCACCAUUGCGCAAGGCGGCGUCUUACCGAAUAUUCAUGCCGUAUUGUUGCCGAAGAAGAUGGCUGGAGAUAAAGAUUGA